AUGUCGGCGGGGAAGCGCUAUCGCGCGGAGCCCUCGCGGAAGACGGUGCUGCUGGAGGUGGGCGAGUCGCUCCGCCAGGCCAGUCGCACGGGGGAAGCCGGCAGUGGCGGAAUCGGCCGCGGAGGGGCUUCCGCGGGCCGUUCUCUCGGCCGUGCGGGUGGAGUCGAGGGGAAUGCGAAUCUAAGCUCUUCGCCAGUCGCGGAAGUCUCCGCGGAGGGAGGCCUCACGGGGGAAACGGGUGGGUUGGAGCGCGGGGAAUGGCCGCGACAGGCGGCGCUGAACGCGGAGACGCGCGGGAGGAGCGGGCCAGCGGGCGAGGGGGGGAGGGGUGGCGGAAGAGGGGUAGGCGGAAGGAAGGGGGCGAGAGAGGACGCGCGGAGAGCGGGGUUAGCGGGCGCGCGGGUGGGUUCCGGGAUGGGAGGGGGCAGCGCGGGAGCAAGGGGGUGGGCGGGCGACGCGUCGCUGGAGCGGCUGCAGCGAGAGGCGACGAGCUACAGGCUGUGGGGCGCGGGGGGGACAGCUGGCGCCACGUCAGCAGCAGCAGGGGCGGCGGACGCUGAAGCUGCACAGUCCGCCACGCCUCCGCCGAAGCUACCAGAGCGGUUUGGAUCGGUGGAGGAGUACGUGGGGGCGUUUGAGCCGCUGCUGUUUGAGGAGGCGCGCGCCCAGGUGGCGAGCAGCUGGGAGGAGGCGGACGGCGGCGAGGGGGGUGGCGGGCGCACGGGGGGAAGCAGCGCGGGCGUGGCAGUGCGCGUGGCGUCGCUGGAGCCCACCCACCGAGGUGAGCCCACCCACCGAGGUGAGCCCACCCACCGAGGUGAGCCCACCCACCGAGGUGAGCCCACCCACCGAGGUGAGCCCACCCACCGAGGUGAGCCCACCCACCGAGGUGAGCCCACCCACCGAGGCUGGCACGAGAUGCUGCUACAGCCACUCGCCGAGCAGCAGCAGCAGGGGGGGCGGCGGGCGGGGUGGAAGGAGGGCGAGUGGAAGGAUGGCGAUGUGGCUGUGCUGUCCACUGCACGCCCAGCGGGCAGAGAUGAAGACCAAACACAGCCACCCCAGCAGCUGCUGCGCAUAGCUGGCAUCGGGCGGCGCUGCUACGAGCCCAUGCAGGACGACCGCGGUGCCGCUCGGGCCACCAUCAUUUUCACCUUCCACGAGUCCGCCCUGCCGCCCGACGAGCCUGUGUCUCUCCUGAAGGAGGUGAAGAGCAGGAACCUUCCGUGCACCUUCACGCCAGUGACAUCGCUGACGACAGCACAGAGGGAGUUCUCCUCCCUGCACUCCGUGGCGCACCUGCAGCCGCAGAUGCUGGAAGCAGUGCUGCGCCCGGGCGCGCACCUCUUCCCCGACUACGUCACCGAGAUGCCGCCGGACCUCUCCGCCGUCUUCCCGCCCGCCUUCUGUGCGCACCUGCAGGCCUCCUUCAACGCACCGCAGCUGCAGGCCAUCCACUGGGCCGCCGCCCACACCGCCGCCCACACGCCCGCUGCGGCCGGCAGUGCGGCCGGCACUGCCGCCUCCAGCCGGUCGGGGUCGGGCGGUGCGGGGGGCGGCAAGGGUGACAAGGGCGGGUGGCCGUUCACGCUGGUGCAGGGGCCGCCGGGGACGGGGAAGACGCACACGGUGUGGGGCAUGCUCAACGCCAUCCACCUCGUGCACUACCAGCGCUACUACCACUCCCUCCUCGCUAAGCUCGCCCCCGCCGCCUCCGCCACUCUCCAACCCGACGACCCAGCUUCGGCAGGUGCCGGCUCGGACAAUACAGGUUCGGCGGAGGCGGUAGGUUCGGGAGGGGGCAGCAUAGAGGAUCUGCUGGAGAGCAUGGAUCGGCUGGCGCCGCGGCGGCAGGUGCGGGUGGCACGCAAGCCGCGCAUGCUGGUGUGUGCGCCGUCCAACGCCGCCGUGGACGAGCUGCUGUCGCGCGUUCUCUCCAAGGGCUUCCUCGACGGCGAGAUGCGCACCUACCGCCCCGAUGUCGCACGCGUCGGUGCCGAGGCCGCCACCCCCGCUGCUCAGCCCUCGCCCCUCGCCUCCUUUCUCUCCCGUCCAUGCACGCCCCUUGGCCAGGCGGUAUCGGUGGAGAGGCGGUCGCAGCAGCUGCUGCAGAUGCCGGCGGAGGAGGCAGCCCACCAUGUGGCGGCGCUCCGGCACAAGGAGGGCCAGCUGGCAUGCCACGUCAGGGUGCUGCAGCGCCAGAUCCGCGAGCUGGUGGAGGCGGGGGGAGGGGGGAGCGGGGAGGGGGGCAGUGCGGUGGGGAUGGAUCCAGAGGUGUUGGUGCAGCGGGAGCGGGAGAGAGACGCCCUCGUGCAGCGGCUAGCAGCGGCGGUGGAGGAGAGGGAGCAGGUGGCCGUGGAGGUGGGGCGCCUGCUCAUCGUGUUGGGGGCGCGGCGGGGCGAGGUGACAGUGGAUGCAGCGAGAGCACAGCUGGAGGCGAGCUUUGCGGAGGAGGCCGAGGUGGUCUUCACCACCGCCAGCAGUAGCGGCCGCCGCAUAUUCGCGCGCCUGGCGCACGGGUUUGACAUGUGUGUGUUUGACGAGGCGGCGCAGGCCAGUGAGAUGGCGGCCCUACCCCCCCUGACGCUGCGCUGCCAGCGCUGUGUGCUCGUGGGCGACCCCCAGCAGCUGCCAGCCACCGUCAUCAGCCGCCUCGCCUCCUCACUGGACUACAGUCGCUCACUGCUGGAGCGAUUCCAGCGAGCAGGCUGUCCAACGCUGCUGCUAACAGAGCAGUACCGCAUGCACCCGGCCAUCCGCGCCUUCCCCAGCCGCUACUUCUACAGCGACCGCCUCACCGAUGCACCCGCCAUCACCGCUCUGCCCGACGAGCCGUACCACGCCGACGCGCUGCUGCGCCCGCUGCUCUUCUUUGACGUCAGCGCGGGGCGCGAGUCGCACGGCGAGCGGUCGGUGUCGUACCAGAACACCACCGAGGCCGCACUUGCUGUCGCUCUCUUCCAGCGGCUGCAGGAGGUGAGUGCAGCAGCGGGCGCCACAGGGCCGGUGCCGGUGGGGGUGGUGACGCCCUACCGCCAGCAGCUCAAGCUGCUGCGCCGCUCCUUCGACCAGCUCGCCCGCUCCGCCCCCCCGCCCCCACUGCCCCUGCCUGCACCGCCUGCCGUUGCUGCGGAGCAAGCGGCAGGGAAUGCUGCUGCCAUCCAAGUGCAGCAGCACGAGCAGCAGCAGCAGCAGCAGCAGCAGCAGCAGCAGGGGCAGGCAGCACCAGCAGUCCCUGCUGCGAGCCACGAGUGGCAUCCCGGGCUCCUCACCGCACCACCAACCCCUGCCCCUGCUGCUGCCGCGCCCCCACGCCCCUCGGUAGCAGCGGUGGCAGCGGGCGGGGCGGCGCUGUACGUGAACACGGUGGACGCCUUCCAGGGGCAGGAGCGCGACGCCAUCAUCCUCUCCUGCGUGCGCGCCUCCACGCGCGGACUGGGCUUCGUGGCCGACGUGCGCCGCAUGAACGUCGCCAUCACGCGCGCCAAGCGCUCCCUCUGGAUUCUUGGCAACGCGGCAUCGCUGCAGCGCUCGCCAGCAUGGGCAGCGUUGAUUGACGAUGCGAAGCAGCGCGGAUGCUUCCUCUCCUCCGACUCCUUCGCCCCCACCCUCCUCCCCUCCCUCGCCUCCACAGGCCCCCACCGUUCCUCCCCUCCCCGACGACACCCCCCCCACCGCCAUUCUCCUCGCCGCUUCGCUCCUUCUCGAAAUAAUUUUGGCUCUGGAGGCAGGAGAGGGGAGGAGGGCGGAGGGGCUGCUGGUGGCAGCAGCGGCGCGGCGGGUGACAGGUGGGAGGGGGGCACGGGGGGUAGUGGGGUUCAGGGGCUGCCAAAUGGGCGGAGGGGUGAGGAGGUGGGGGAGGAGAGGAGUGCAUGGCCAAAUCGCCAUGAUGGCACGCGCAGAGGUGGGCACCGGCAGGGCCAUGGGCAUGGGCAUGGGCAUGGGCAUGGGCAUGGUUACCGGGGUGGCCAUUCCCUUUACAAUGGGCAGAGGUAUGCUGGCAGCCAGCAGGCAAACUCACAUGAAGGUGCGGAAGGGCCGCACGAAGGGGAGGCAUUGCCUCCUGGGUUUGAGGGGCACGCUGAGAACGGACGAGAGAGGGACUGGAAGAGACGAAGAUUGGACAAUAAAAGUAUGUGA